AUGAAGCUUUUGUCCCUAGUUUCUACCCUUUUGGCACUUGGCUGCACCAGUGCAUUCGCACCUUCCAACAAUGGUGCCCGCGCUGUCGUUUCCACCAACAUGGCUGCCGCCGAGGAAUUGUACAUUGAUGAAGAACGUCGUUUCUUGAUGAACCUCAUCUUGGUUGGAUCCGGAGCUCUUACAGUUGGAGCCAUCGGUGUCCCAUACAUCGCCUUCUUCGUCCCCCCGGGUUCCGGAGGUGGUAGCGGUGGAAUCCCAGCCAAGGAUGCCCUUGGUGACGAUCUUUUUGCACAAUCAUACCUUGAAUCCAAGCCUGCUGGAGACAGAUCUCUUGCCCAAGGCUUGAAGGGAGAUGCCACCUACCUUAUUGUCAAGGAGGACAAGACCCUUGAAUCUUACGGUCUGAACGCCGUCUGCACACACUUGGGAUGUGUUGUCCCAUGGUCUGCUGCCCAAAACAAGUUCAUGUGCCCAUGCCACGGAUCUCAAUAUGCCCCCACCGGUGCCGUCGUCCGUGGGCCUGCUCCUCUUCCACUUGCCCUUGCCCACUGUGACACUGCUGAAGACGGCAAGAUCAUGUUCUCCCCUUGGACAGAGGAUGACUUCCGUACUGGAGGAAAGGGAUGGUGGAACUAA